AUGAAAAAUAAAAAUAAUGAUCACCAAUUUAAACAAGUUCCCGAUGAUGAAACUUGCACAAGGGAUGAUGAGUUAUUGUUAUUUGAUGAUGUUUUGGUUAAAGUUAAUGAAGAUAAUGCAAUUUUUGAUAUUAUCGGACAUAAAUUUAUGUCCAACAUGAAAAAUAAUAGUAAGUCUAUUAUUGAAGCUAUUUAUAAGGUGGAUUUUUGCAAGUCUCCAAGACUACAAGCAAAACAAGAAUGCUUGAUCAAUAUAUUUAGUGGUGUUACAAGUUGUAUGGAGUAUGCUUGGAAUGAAUUUAACGGUGUACAUAAUUGUGUUGAAGAAGGGCUUAAACAUGUACUGCUUUGUCGAGUAUUGGUGGAGAGCAUGAAGGAGGUUGAUGAUGCUAAUUCUCAAAUUGGAAGCUAUUAUUAUGUUUGGAGUACCAACAUGAAUACACAUAUUUUGCCCGAAUAUGUUGUUACUUUUAAAACAUUUUCUGAAUUUGCAAAGCCAAGACAAAUACGGAUGGGAAGAGAAGGGCAACGUAAUACUCCUUUAAUGCAUAUCUCAAGUUUGAUAUUGGUAGCAUCCAACUUCUUACCUCCACAUAUAAUGAGCUUAAAUGCUUAA